AUGUUGCUUAAGAACGUUAUUAUCCUUCUUAUUUUUGUACCUUUUCGUAUUUUUUCAACGAAUAAUCUUUGUCGAUUAAUUGAAUUUAAUAUACCACAAGGAUUAUUUUCAUUUCGUACAAAUGAUAUAGAAGAAAAAUUAUUUUAUAAAACUGAUUAUGUAUGUCAGAAUAAACCAAUUUUUCGUUCAAUUAAAUAUCAACAUUUAUAUCAAUUUCAAUCACCAAAUAAUCGUUGGUGGACACUAUAUGAUACAAUAAAUUCAACAUAUAAAUUAGGCAUGUAUGAAUGGUGUAAUGCAUGGAAUGCUAAACCUUUACUUGCAAUGCAACUUGGAAUAUUUCAACAUCCACUUGGAAAACAAAUCAAAUUACAACGAUGGAAACAUAUAAUUGUUCAUGAGAAAAAUAAUAGUUACACAUAUAAAUCUGUAUCAAAUGUUUCUCUGAAAUGUUAUUAUCCUUCAUCAACACCGGUUUGUCAAACACAUCAAUUAGCUUUUCUAUUCGAUUUAACUGAAACAACAAAUAAAAAUGAAUUAGAUCAAAUGAAAUUAUUAACAAAAACAUUAAUUUGGUUAUUAUAUAAUCAAACAAAUAUUUCACUUAGUUAUUAUAGUGAUAGAUUUCAUCUUAUACAUUCAUUUGAUGAAAAAUCAUCAAUAAAAAGUCUUGAACAUUUAUAUGAUUCAAUCGAUACACUUAAUAAACAUAAUGAAAAACCAAAACGUUUUUCUGUUCAAUGGCCUGAAGCAAUUCAUAGUAUUGUUACAAAAAUUUUUAAACGUCGAUUUUUCUUACCACUUAAUAUAAUCAAUUCAACUGGUCAAUAUCAAUCUAUAACAGAUGAUUCAAUUGAUGAUGAAAUAUAUACUGAACCAUAUCCAUUGAUUUAUUCUGAUGAACAUGCAAUUAAAACUAUUCUUAAUAUAACAACAUAUCCAUAUCGAAAAAAACGUUCAAUAAAAAAAUCAUAUGAUAAAUCAAAUAAUCUACUUGUUAUAUUAACAUCACGUUCAAAAUAUCUUUAUGAUUAUAAACAACAAGAUAAACAAUUAACAGAAUUUAUUGCAUCAGUACCAUUAAGAAUUCUUGUUAUUGAUUUUAAUAAAAUAUCAAAUAAAAAUCAAGCUGAAUAUAUUCAUUCAGCAUUUAUUCACUAUGCUAAAUAUGCUUUAGCAUCAUGUCCUGUGACUUAUAAUUAUAUUGAAACAUAUGAAGAGCUAGGUGAUGUUAUAUAUGGUAAACAAUUAUUUAAUCAUUAUCAUCGAUUAUGUUAUCCACCUGAAGAAAAUUUAUUUAAAAAUAAUUUUACAACAACUUUAAUUGAAACAUCUGAUAGUUCAACAAUAGAAUGUACACUUUUAACUUUAUUUAAUAAUGAAAAUGAUAAUUCAACAUUAAAAGAUAAAUUUGAUUAUACUUUUUAUGAAACACCAGAUAGCUGUUUUUCUGCACCUGUUUAUCGAUCAUUAGGUGAUAGAAAUUUAUAUGUACAAAAAAUAUCAAAUGGUCAUUGGUUAAUCGUUCGUGUUGAUUCACUUUUACCUUCAACAAUGACUAUUCAACAAAAACUUGCAUCGACAACAACUAGUACUUUAGAACCUGAAUUUUUCUAUGCUACUGAUUAUGCAAAUGGUCCAAUGAUCGAUAACUGGAACAAUGAAACAAUAAUUGUUGAUUUACCUAUUAGUGUUCCACAUUGUUCUGAUACUCCUGGUAUAGAUAUUCUAUGGGAAAGUGCUGAUAAUCAAAUUCUUAAUGAUUAUUCAUUACGUACUCCACGUCAAUGGAUAUCAAAUUCAAAUAAAUCUGAUUUAAUUUCCCCAAUUUGUAAUAAAUAUAAAAUAUCAUGUCAAACCUCAAAGUUCGAUUUACUUAUUCUUAUUGAUUCUCAGUAUGAAUAUUUAUCAUUAAUAAAAACAUUUCUUAAUAUAUUUCUUACAUUAAUUGAACCAUAUAAUCAUCGUUUUAGUCUUAUUAUAUUAACAUCAUCAACAGUAGAUACAUUUCAAUAUCAUCUACCUUUAACAUUAUUAAAUACAAUAAAUAAUAAAAUAAUUGAAAAUUAUUUAUCUUAUAUUGAUGAGAAAAAUAUUUCAAUAAUACAAUUAAAUCAACAUCUUGAACCUAUUAGUAAUUAUUUAAUAAAAAAUCAAGAAUUUUUAUCAAAUAUUUCUACACAACAAAUUAUAUUAACAAUAUCAUCACGAUUGAAUUUUAAUCAAACUCAUAUAAAAGAAAUAAUUCAACGUUAUUCAACUAUUCGAUAUAUGGUACUUGAUCCAUAUUUAAAAAAUGAUGAUUAUGAACAUAAUAAUAAUCAAGAACGAGAAAAUCUUCUUUCAUCAUUAACAUCAUCACCUUCAUAUAUAAAUUUAUUUUCAUCUUAUGCUGCUUAUAGAGAUUUAACAUUUCAUACUGUGUUUCGUUUAUUAGAAAGUUUAUGUGGAUAUAUUCAAUAA